GGACAUAAACACGCAUGUGCAUAGCGACGGGCAGUAAUUCACACUUUCCUUCGCCAACACAUCGCCGAUGACAGGGCCCACCGAUUGCAUCUGAAGUAUGAGCCCACUUUUCACAAGUGAGGGCUUCCGGCUCCAAUAACGACCUCGGUGUGCCGAGAGUUCUGACAGAAGCCAGAGUGUCGCGCACUUUUGCCAGAAUCCGCAACAAACACGUGGUUUGUGAGCGAGACUGCGCGUGAGGUCGACUGCCAGCUGUGACCCCCAUCUCUUGUUGGGGGAGCCUGCGGGCCUCCAUGGGACCAAGACUUUAUCUUUCUUCAAAUUUCCGACCCGAGAUGGCGGCGGUUUCUUCGCGCUCUGUGGCUUUCUCCUUUGCUUUUUUAUACGUUUGGAUGUUGCUGCCAACAAGUCAGGUGCACGGUAAGAUACCUCUGUACCUUAUCCGGCUGCGAGAACUACUUCAACGUCAAAGAGCCUUCGAGCAAGUCCAGAACACACGCCUGAAGACCCUGGAGGAAGCCUCGACAUCCUUCGCCAGCCAACUGUUUCCUCUCCAGCUUUCCGCCGAUAACCAUAGCAACGUGAUUUUGUCUCCUCUGGGCGCCUUUGCUUCCAUGGCCAUGACCCUGUCAGGUUCAGACGGAAUGACGAAAAUGGAAGUACGCCAACUCUUGCGCAUGCCUAAUAUCACGGGUGUGCACACGACGAUCCAGCAUGCCUUCCGAACGUUUCACAACGAUGACACCAGUAUUGGCAACGACCCCGCCGCGGACGACGACGGCUUUGCUAGCGACGCCACCAGCGAGGACUUUCCUGAAGACAUGGACAGGGAGUACGCCAAGAUCGUUGAGAUCGCGAAAAAUGACCUCGCUGUUGAUAAAAGCAUCAGUUACACCACCGGCAGCAGCAACAUCAUGUCUGGGAUCGGUAUUUCGCUCGCGACCGUCGGUAGCAGCAGCGACGUCGACAACAAGCGACAACUCUCCGAAGAUGACGUCAGACCUCGCGUGACCGCGCGCUUCGCCAACGGCCUGUUCCACAGCGAUGACGUGGCGAUGACUCAGUUGUUUUCCAACCGUCUGGCGGAGCUGUAUGGAGCGCCCCCGAUGGCCAUGGAGCCCUCUGACCCCGCCUCCUCCGUCAACCUUUGGGUGGACGCCACCACGCUUGGCACCGUGCCCCAGAUGCUGGAUGCGCCCCUUGACCCCGGAAACUCAUCUCUCUUCUUGGUCAGCGCCGUCUUCUUUCACGGCGCCUGGCAGGACGAGUUUGACGCCCGCAAGACAGUGCCGGUGGACUUCAGCACGGACGUCGGAGACACGGUCCGCAUCGAUACCAUGCACCGUAUCGGCAACUACUCCGUCAAGACGCCUGAAGACAUCGGAAGCAAAAUUCUGGAGCUGCCAUACGCCGGGGGCAACUACAGUCUCUUUGUCUUCCUUCCGCUGCCCGGCCAUGACUUGUCCCAGCUGGCCGAGCGCCUGAGGUCGGCGGACAUUCCUAUCCUACUCCGCGAUAUGCCGCCUCCGACCUUGACCCUUGUCCUGCUGCCCAAGUUUAGGGUCAGCCAGAGGCAAUCACUGAAAUUAUCCAUGGAGACCCUUGGAGCAAGACGUCUGUUCAAGCCCUGGCAGGCGCAGCUUCAGAGGAUGACGGGAGAGGAAAAAAGCAGGUUGCACGUGCAAGACGUCAUCCAGUAUGCCGCUCUGCACGUGGACGAAGGAGGAAGCCUCUUACGGAAUGGUGAUGCUCCCCGCGACACGUCAUCACACUCGUCGACCCUAGACAGCACCCCGACAACACCUUUCGACGUCAGCGAUGAAGAGCAGUACCCUGAGAUAGACGAUGAUGAUUAUUCUGACUAUGAAGAUGAUGAAAUUGAGGAAGACUACGACACAGAAGAUGGAGUAGAUGGAGACAUUAAUGACUUCAUCGUAGAUAGGCCGUUCCUUUUUGUGCUGCUGGACAAACGAUUUCAGCUUGUGCUGCUCAUGGGUCGGGUAGCGACACCGAUUCCUUGAACUCACGAAGCAGUGCGGUGUCCGCUGAAGGUCUGCGCUACAUGAGUGCGAGUCCAGUAAACACAACUUCACCUGCAGAUGGGAACUACGACGGUUGCGCUCCACCCGACGAGAACCAUCGCCACCUAAAGUGAGUUUGAUAAACACGAUUCAUCUCUCUCAGAGCCAUCUUCGAUUCUGUGUUCCAUGAAAGAAAGACAUUCCUGAAUCAACUAGUGUCUUCAUGUCAUGUCGGCAUCUGUGGUUAAAGAAAUUUUUAUGCAUUUAUUUCGACCUCUCAAGCAGUCCCAUCAAUGUCCUGUUUUCAUACAGCGCCUAGAGUAACGACAACGAAAGAACGAGGAUUGGUGAAGAAGAGAACAAAGUAAUAUAUUACUUAUACGGGGUGAUAUCCUCAACUUUAAACUCAGCCUCGCGCCGCUGACAGUGUAAUGAAUGCUGCCAUUUCCUCAGCUGCACUACAGGCUGCGAGGCGUGCAGGUGAUGGCGAAGGGAACUGAAGAGAACACGUGUUAGUCACGAUGGAGGCUGUCCUCAGUUUGUAGUAGAUGACCCACGGCGAUGGGAGGACGAUAGGAAAUAUGUUGAUUCUCCCGUGACAGUGUUUCUUGGGCCUUACAGUGUGCGACUAUCUUGUGUGUGUGUAUGAGAGAGAUAUAACGAAGAAAAGAAGAAAAA